GUACAUUCAAAACUCUGACGAAAAGCAAGGGAUCUUCACUUCACUAGUUUCCAAAACAAAGAAAAGAUCAAAGCUAGAUAAUUUAUGUACAUUGAGUACAUUACACGUGUAAUUUUCCAUUUUCUUAAACCAGCUCUAAUUGAUCACAUCUCACUCAACUCAACUCCACUGCUCUCUCUCUCCCAUUCCAAAUGGAUUCUCUUCAUCUCCGUACAUUAAACCGCCCUUCAACUUUCCUCCAUCAUCCAAAACCACUCAAAUUCGUACACUCUAAUUUAUUAUUCUUCAAUCCAAGAAUUUCUUCUCCUGUUCAUCUUCACCAAUCACGCAAACACUUUUCUGGUGUUGUUUGUGGCGUUUCUUCUACUGAAACAAGAGAGGAAGAGAAGAAGAAGAUGAAAAUGAAAUCUAAGUCAGGAAGUGGCAAUGUGAGAUUAAAUGUUAGGUUAGAUCAUCAAGUUGAAUUUGGGGAGAGUGUUGCGAUUUUGGGAUCGGUUAAAGAAUUGGGGUUAUGGAAGAAGGCAGUGAAGAUGAAUUGGAGUGAAAGUGGAUGGGUGUGUGACUUGAAACUGAAGGGGGAAGAGAGUAUUGAGUAUAAGUUCGUGAUUGUUGGGAAGGAUAAGAGUAUGGUAUGGGAAAGCGGUGAUAACAGGAUCUUGAAACUGCCAGUAGGAGGGAGUUGGAUAAUCUACCACUGGAAUGAGACAGGGAGGCUGUGGAUCUGUUCCUUUGAGUGUGCAGGAGAAUAGGAGGAUACCAGAGAUGUUGGUGAGAUAAAAUCUACAUAACCGUUUCUGCUGCAGACCCCUUCUGGAGGUGGAGACCAUUCCUUUUGUGGGCAAUGGCAGGGGAACUGCUCAUUUAUGCGUUCAAAUGAGAAUUGGAACCGAGAAUCAGAUAGAAAAUGGGACACUUCAAAUCUUGAGGGUUUAGCUCUAAAGUUAGUUGAAAAUGAUCAGAAUGCAAGAAACUGGUGGAGAAAGCUUGAAGUAGUGCGUAGGCUUUUAGAUGAUAAUCUGCAAAGUGGGGACCGGUUGGAGGCUCUCACAUACUCUGCUAUAUAUCUGAAGUGGAUAAACACUGGGCAAAUCCCCUGCUUUGAAGAUGGAGGUCAUCAUCGUCCGAAUAGGCAUGCUGAGAUUUCAAGGCUUAUAUCUGAAUUGGAACGAAUUUCCUGUAGGAAAGAUACUUCACCUCAGGAGGUGCUUGUUAUUCGCAAGAUCCAUCCGUACCAUCUUUUAAGCAAGUUUACUGCAUCUGUUCCUCUGACUCGAUUAGAACUUGCUCAUCGGAAUGACAUCCCUCAUGAUCUCAAGGUAAUACUUCAUGGAGCAGUUUCUACAGUACAGAACAAACUUCAUCGUAAUGCUGGCCUUUUAGUUGCUACAGAAGCCAUGCUUGCAAGAAUUACCAAGAACCCUGAGAGUAUAGUAUGCAUUGUGGAGCAAUUCAAGAUUUUCCAUCAUGAACUGAGAUUCUUCAAUGCUGGAAGGUUGAUUAUAACGCUUAAAACACUGAAAUCUUUGGACGCACAAGGAAUUUCUGCUCUCACAUUGUUUUUGGAUUGCAAAAAGAAUUUGGACAGCUUGGAAGAAUCAAGUAAUAUUGAGUUAAUUAAAACCAUGCGAUCUUUAAAUGCUUUGAGAGCAACAAUUGUAAGUCUUGAAAGCGGGCUAAGGAAUGAGCUCCUGAUGCGGCAAAUGGCAAGGCGCCAAAAGUGGCGUCUUUGUGAGAUUGGCCUUGAGGACUACUCUUUCGUUCUUUUCAGUAGAUUCCUGAAUGCAGUAGAAGCUAAAGGAGGAGCUCACUGGCUUGCUGAGAAUGUGGAAUCAAAAAAUGUAAGCUCUUGGAAUGACGCACUUGGUGUCCUAGUUGUUGGUGUUAGUCAGCUAGGUUUAUCUGGUUGGAGGCCAGAAGAAUGUUCUGCUAUUAGGAAUGAACUCCUUGCCUGGCAAGAGACAGGUCUUUCUGUGAAGGAAGGGAGUGAAGAUGGCAAAAUAAUUUGGCUAUUAAGGCUUAAAGCUACCCUUGACAGAGCAAGAAGACUUACAGAGGAGUAUUCGGAAGUACUUCUUCAAAUAUUUCCACCAAAAGUGGAGAUUCUAGGAAAAGCUUUUGGAAUUCCUGAGAAUAGUGUAAGGACGUACACUGAAGCUGAGAUUCGAGCUGGGAUAAUUUUUCAGGUUUCAAAGCUCUGCACUGUUCUUCUGAAAUCUGUUAGAACUGCACUUGGUUCUCAGGGUUGGGAUGUUCUUGUUCCAGGAACCGCUGNAAUCACAGCAAAGUGCAUGAGAUCAACUCUUAGAAUCAUCCCAGGAUUGCUGCCCAAAUCUGUAGAAGGACCUAUUGUUCUUGUAGUCAACAAAGCUGAUGGAGAUGAAGAGGUGACGGCUACUGGUAGUACCAUACUGGGUGUUAUACUUCUGCAGGCACCUCACUUAUCCCACCUUGGUGUUAGGGCCGGCAAGUAAAAGGUUGUUUUUGUGACAUGUGAAGAUGAUAAGAUUGCUGACAUAAAAAAAUUUGCUGGAAAAUAUGUGAGAUUGGAGGCAUCUCAACAGUGCCCUUUCAUCGAGUCAUGUACGAUUGUGCUUUCCUAUCUCUUCAUUGUAGUUUGGCAUACUGACAAUUGUGAUCAUCAAAUUGAUAAGAAGUUUUGUGUUCAUCCAGGGUGGUUCUCUAGGAGUUUUACACUUGCAGAUGCAGAUGCUGUAAAUUCUGCAAAGGCUGCAGCAUGUGUUUAUAAUGAACAGGGGGUGCCAGCUUCAUUUUGUGUCCCUGCAGGAUUAGUUAUACCUUUUGGCUCUAUGGAAUUAGCUCUAGAACAAAGCAAAUCAAUGGAAAAAUUCAUGUCUCUUCUAGAAAGAAUAGAAACAGCAGAGGGAUGGAGUGCCAAUGUUGAGGAUUUGGCUGGAAUGUCAGCUGCUGGACUAUAUGAUUCAUCCCAAAUGUUAGCCCUUCAAUCCGACAGUAUUUGCAAAUGCCAUUCUCGAGUCUGGGCUUCACUUUACACUCGCAGACACCCAACAGACUCUGACAAUAGUUCUGUAGAGGCUGAGAUUGCCCCUGGGCUUGGUGAAACCCAGCUUCAGGUAAGAACAUUGGCAUUUGCCAAUUUCAGUGAGGAGCUGCUGGUAUCUCGUGCAGGUUCUGCUGAUGGAGAAGUUAUUCAUUUGACAGUAGAUUAUAGCGAGAAACCAUUGACAACUGAACCAAUUUUCGUCAGCAGCUUGGGGGUGCCAGCUUCAUUUAGUGUCCCUGCAGGAUUAGUUAUACCUUUUGGCUCUAUGGAAUUAGCUCUAGAACAAAGCAAAUCAAUGGAAAAAUUCAUGUCUCUUCUAGAAAGAAUAGAAACAGCAAGAGUGGAUGGAAGUGAACUUGACAAACUAUGUUGUGAACUUCAGGAUAUAAUAUGUUCUCUACAGCCCCCUAAAGACACCGUGGAAAGCAUUGAAAGAAUAUUUCCAAGUGAUGCUCGUUUAAUUGUCCGUUCAAGUGCCAAUGUUGAGGAUUUGGCUGGAAUGUCAGCUGCUGGACUAUAUGAUUCAAUCCCAAAUGUUAGCCCUUCAAAUCCGACAGUAUUUGCAAAUGCCAUUGCUCGAGUCUGGGCUUCACUUUACACUCGCAGAGCAGUUUUAAGUCGUCGAGCUGCUGGUGUACUUCAGAAGGAGGCUGAGAUGGCUAUUCUGGUGCAAGAAAUGCUUUCCCCUGAACUUUCAUUUGUGCUACACACUCUCAGCCCAACAGACUCUGACAAUAGUUCUGUAGAGGCUGAGAUUGCCCCUGGGCUUGGUGAAACCCUAGCUUCAGGUACUCGAGGCACACCAUGGCGAAUGUCUUCUGGGAAGUUUGAUGGGCAUGUAAGAACAUUGGCAUUUGCCAAUUUCAGUGAGGAGCUGCUGGUAUCUCGUGCAGGUUCUGCUGAUGGAGAAGUUAUUCAUUUGACAGUAGAUUAUAGCGAGAAACCAUUGACAACUGAACCAAUUUUCCGUCAGCAGCUUGGUCAGCGCCUGUCUUCGGUUGGUUUUUUUCUCGAGAGGAAGUUUGGGUGUCCACAGGAUGUGGAAGGAUGCCUGGUUGGCAAAGAUAUCUACAUAGUCCAGACACGGCCACAACCCCACUAA